AUGAAAAAACACAACCAAUCCUGUUUGACUGAAUUUGUCCUGCUGGGCUUCUCAGAUUUCCAGACUAUGGAAGAACUUCUGUUUUGUCUGGUUCUCAUAUUCUACUUCAUGGCCUUGAUGGGCAACAGCUUGGUUUCGAUCCUCGUCUUUCUCAGUCCCACCCUUCACACCCCAAUGUACUUCUUCCUCUGGAACUUGUCCUUUCUGGAAAUCGGCUACACCUCAUCCAUCAGCCCAAAGAUGCUAGUGAAUCUGUUAUCAGAGAACCAAACUAUAUCCUUUUGGGGUUGUGGAUGUCAAAUGUGUUUCUUCCUUCUCUUUAGUGUCACAGAGUGUUGUCUUCUUUGUGCUAUGGCGUAUGACCGCUAUGUUGCCAUUUGCAAACCCCUGCAAUACCCUUACAUCAUGAACUUCAGGGAAUGUGCUAAGCUAGCUGCCAUUUCAUGGGUCUUUGGGAUUUUCGUGGGUUUAGGAGAAUCUAUUUCAAUCUUCACCCUUCCCUUCUGUGGGUCGAAUAGAAUCAGCCAUUUCUUCUGUGAUCUUAUGCCUGUUCUGAGACUGGCUUCUACCAAUACUUACAAAAAUGAAGUGGCCAAUGCCACACUAACUGUGGUAUUUGGCCUGGUUCCCCUUUUGCUCAUCCUUUUUUCCUACAUCCUCAUCAUAUCUACCAUUCUCAUGAUGCCAAUGGCCAAGAAGAGGCGCAAAGCAUUUUCCACCUGUUCCUCACAUCUCAUUGUUGUUUGCAUUUUCUUUGGAACCAUCAUUGUUACCUACAUUCAUCCCAACUCGGAGUUUUCUGUGGACAGUAACAGGAUCCUUGCCCUGUUUUACACAGUAGUGACCCCAAGCUUGAACCCCAUCAUUUACAGCUUGAGGAAUGAAGAGAUAAAAGCUGCUUUCAAGAAAUCAGUAGCAAGAAAAUGGGUCUUCUUUAGUUAA